UUCUGCUGUAAGAUGCAGAAGAUCAAGUCUCUGAUGUCCCGACAGGGCUUGAAAAGCCCUCAGGAGAGCAUGACAGACAUGAGUCCUGUGGAGAGCUUCAGAGUCCCCAGCAAGGAAGAGCUGCGGGAGCUGAGGCAGCAGCCCAUUGAUCCACAGGCUGAACAGGAAAUCAUUGAUAGCGUUGAGGAGGUGUAUUACUCCGACGACUCCUUUGACAUGGUGCAGUAUGAGCUGGAGAGACUCCCUCCAGAGCUAAACCUUCAGGACCUGGAAGGGUACCGAGAUAUGCGGAAGAAGCAGCAAGAAGCUGUAUCAAAGAGAGUAGCAGACCUUAUUUUAGAGAAACAGCCAUCCUAUGUUAAGGAACUGGAGAGAGUUACGUCACUCCAGACCAACCUGCAUCUGGCUGCUGUCAUCUGCACCAACUCUAGGAGGCAUCUUGCUUUCGCUAAAGAAGGCUUCACCCAAGCGAGUCUCGGGCUCCUGGCCAACCAGAGACGCAGGCAGCUGUUAACAGGAUUGUUAAAAUCUUUGAGGACCAUAAAGACACUGCAAAGAACAGAUGUUAGGCUAAGCGAGAUGCUGGAGGAGGAAGACUAUCCAGGUGCGAUCCAGUUGUGCUUGGAAUGUCAGAAGGCGGCUAGCACUUUCAAGCACUACAGCUGCAUAAGUGAACUCAAUUCAAAGCUGCAGGACACCCUUGAGCAAAUCGAGGAGCAGCUAGAUGUGGCUCUGUCCAAAACCUGUAAAAACUUCGACGUUGCACACUACACCCGAGUUCAGCUUGCAUACUCACUUCUGGGCAAGACACAGACGGCUAUGGAUCAGCUUCACAUGCACUUCACCCAGGCCAUUCACAACACCGUGUUCCAGGUGGUGCUGGGAUAUGUGGAACUCUGUGCUGGCAAUGCUGACACCAAAUUCCAGAAGAUGCAAUAUAAAGAUCUCUGCACGCAUAUCACUCCAGACAGCUACAUUCCCUGCCUGACUGACCUGUGCAAAGCGUUGUGGGAGGUGAUGCUCAGCUACUACCAAACCAUGCAGUGGCAUGAGGAGCACGAUAAAGAGGAGACCAAGGACAGUGCUGAAGAUGGUAUUACUGAAGAAGGCUCAGGUGAGUCUGCAGUUGGCCACAGCUAUGUAAAGAAGAAACUCGAGCAUGGCCUGAGUCGAAUUUGGCAGGAUGUCCAGCUGAAAGUGAAAGCCUAUUUACUGGGGACGGACAUGUCCAACUUCAAAUAUGACGACUUCAUUGUGGUGUUGGACGUUAUCAGCAGGUUAAUGCAGGUAGGAGAGGAAUUCUGUGGCAGCAAGUCAGAGGUGCUGCAGGAGUCCAUAAAGCGCCAGAGUGUGAACUACUUUAAAAAUUAUCACAGAACGCGUUUGGAGGAGCUGCGGAUGUUUUUGGAGAAUGAAACAUGGGAGUUGUGCCCUGUCAAGUCCAACUUCAGUAUCGCUCAGCUCCACGAGUUUAAGUUCAUGGGCCAGUGUCGAUCUCCGUCUGUGUCACCUAGCAGAAAGCCAGUCUCCUUUGAUCCAAAAGAUCUCUCCCUGUUUGAGCAGUACCUUCAAGGAGGAAACCCUUUUGAGAUGCAGAUUGACAAUAAGGAAGAGGAAAGUGAAGAUGUACUGGCCUCCAAUGGGUAUGAGUCUGAUGAGAUAGAGAAGAAUGUGUAUCAGGACUAUGACAGUGACAGUGAUGUUGCAGAUGAACUUAAGCAAGACUUUGUAGAUGAGCAGACUGGAGACAUACCAAACAAGAGCGUAUCCAGAGAGACUCUGCGUAGCAGAAAGAGGUCCGACUACAGCCUGAACAAAGCCAAUGCCCCCAUCCUGACCAACACCACUCUAAACGUGAUUCGCCUGGUGGGCAAGUACAUGCAGAUGAUGAACAUUUUGAAACCCAUCGCCUUCGACGUCAUCCAUUGUGUGUCACAGCUCUUUGAUUACUACCUGUAUGCAGUCUAUACCUUUUUUGGCCGGAACGACCUGUAUGAAUCUUCUGGGCUAGGCCUGAUCAGCAGCAGACUGAGGACGACGCUCAACCGCAUCCAGGAGAGUCUUAUAGACAUGGAGACAGGAGGGGAGAAUGCAGGCUCCCAUGGCCCCUCAGAGGAAAGAAAGGAGAAGGUACCCAGUCCUCAUCUGAGUCAACUGGUGGUGCUAACCACUAGUGACACAUUAUAUGGCCUGGCAGAGCGAGUAGUUGCCACCGAAUCACUAGUGUUCCUGGCCGAACAGUUUGAGCUUCUUCAGCCUCAUCUGGACACCAUGAUGCCCCCAGCCAAGAAGCCCUUCCUCCAGCAGUUCUACUCACAGACUGUUUCCACGGCCAGCGAACUACGCAAGCCCACUUACUGGAUAGUGGCGGCCAAAGCCAUUGAUUAUGAGCAGAUGCUGCUGCUGAUGGCUGGAGUGAAAUGGGACAUUAAAGAGAUAAUGUCACAGCACAAUGUCUAUGUGGAUGUCCUUUUAAAGGAGUUUGAUGAGUUCAAUAAAAGACUCAGUGACGUCUCCAGACAAGUGCGGAUCCCACUUCCUGUGUCUAACGUCUUAUGGGAGCACUGCAUUCGUCUGGCCAACCGGACACUGGUGGAGGGCUAUGCUAAUGUGAAGAAGUGCAGUAACGAGGGCCGAGCCCUGAUGCAGCUCGACUUUCAGCAGUUCCUCAUGAAACUUGAGAAGCUUACUGAUCUCAGACCCAUCCCUGAUAAGGAGUUUGUGGAGACCUACAUCAAAGCCUAUUACCUGACUGAGAAUGACAUGGAGCAGUUUAUCAAGAAUCACAGGGAAUACUCCAUGAAGCAGCUGGCCAACCUGGUGAACGUCUGCCUCGGCUCUCACAUCAACAAGAAGGCCAGACAGAAACUGCUCGCAGCUAUUGAUGACAUCGACAGACCAAAAAGAUAAACGCCGGCAGACCACCCAAGCUAGAGGCAGCAUCCCAAAGGGGUCACACUAGAACAGUUAUCAGCCCAUCUAAUAUUCCACUGUGCAUGGCUAGCAUUGUAUUACUGACAUGUUUUUGCUGCAUUUGCCUUUGUGUACGUUUUCUGCCAAUGCAUCUAUCUUACACUCUUACUGUACAUGAGCAGCUGCUUGACCUCUGUGUAUUAUAUCAUCACUGUUUUGAAUGUGUUAAUAAAUAAGGCAUCAGAUCCCUUAAGCAACUCUUGGGAACAGAUGAUUUGCUGCAGCUCGGCAAUGAUGUGCAUUAUGAUGAAAGAUGUUUUACACAGAUCUUUUUAAACUCAGUUACUCUAUCCUGUUAAUCUUUUUUCAGUUACACUUUAUGUAUAUCUUUAAAAAAUUGCAUCCACUAUGGGUAUUGAAAAAUUAGAAAUAUUGUAAUGAUUCGAAUGUUAAUUUUUUUUUUUUAUCUUUGUUUCUUCAACUUUUCAAAUUGUUAUAUGA